AUUGCUUGCUUCCCUUCGCUUUCUAUCAAGAGACUUCCUUUUUUUUUUUUUUUUCCUUUUCUCUGUUCUUCGUUUUUGUUUUUUUUCUUCUCGGAAACCAAGAAAAACACUUUCGAGCCCUAGGGAGAGAAAGUAAAUCAAAAGAUAACCCGAGAAAAUGCAGAGAUUGAAGCAGCAGCAGCAACAACAAGCGAUGAUGCAGCAAGCUUUGAUGCAGCAACAGUCUCUCUACCAUCCCGGACUCCUCACCGCUCCUCAGAUAGAACCAAUCCCAAGUGGAAAUCUUCCCCCUGGUUUUGAUCCAACUUCUUGCCGCAGUGUGUACGUUGGAAAUGUCCAUAUUCAGGUGACGGAACCUCUGCUCCAAGAGGUUUUUGCCAGCACUGGUCCUGUGGAAAGCUGUAAGCUUAUUAGGAAAGAACAGUCUUCCUAUGGUUUUGUCCACUACUUUGAUCGACGAUCAGCUGGUCUGGCUAUCCUCUCUCUCAAUGGAAGGCAUUUGUUUGGGCAACCUAUCAAAGUGAACUGGGCUUAUGCUAGUGGCCAGAGGGAGGAUACAUCAGCUCACUUUAAUAUAUUUGUUGGAGAUUUGAGCCCGGAGGUUACUGAUGCAAUGCUGUUUAGUUGCUUCUCUGUCUACCCAAGUUGCUCGGAUGCAAGGGUUAUGUGGGAUCAGAAAACUGGGCGUUCAAGAGGAUUUGGUUUUGUUUCUUUCCGAAACCAGCAGGAUGCCCAGACUGCAAUAGAUGAAGCAGGCGGGAAAUGGCUUGGUACCAGGCAGAUUCGCUGCAACUGGGCUACAAAGGGAGCCACUUCUGGUGAAGACAAGAUGAGCUCGGAUUCCAAAAGUGUUGUGGAACUAACCAGUGGUGUCUCCGAGGAUGGCAAAGAUGCAAGUAACGGUGAUGCUCCAGAGAACAAUGCUCAGUACACAACUGUCUACGUUGGGAAUCUUGGUCCAGAGGUUUCUCAGGUUGAUCUUCACCGCCACUUCUAUUCUCUUGGCGCUGGAGUUAUUGAGGAGGUUCGUAUUCAAAGAGACAAAGGUUUUGGAUUUGUAAGAUACUCUACUCAUGUAGAGGCUGCCCUCGCUAUCCAGCUGGGAAACACACAUUCCUACCUCGGUGGCAGGCAGAUGAAGUGUUCUUGGGGAAGCAAGCCAACUCCACCAGGAACAGCAUCGAACCCGCUUCCUCCACCAGGUCCCGCACCAAUCCCUGGAUUCUCAGCCAGCGACCUCUUGGCUUACGAGAGGCAACUAGCCAUGAGCAAGAUGGCGGGAAUGAAUCCGAUGAUGCAUCACCCGCAGGGACAACACGCUCUCAAGCAAGCUGCGAUGGGAGCCACUGGUUCAAACCAGGCCAUCUAUGACGGUGGUUUCCAGAACGCGCAGCAGCUCAUGUAUUACCAGUGACUUCUCUUCCUUGAAGCCGUGUGAUUUGAGUGAAGAGUUUUUUUAUUUCCAACUUUUUUAUAAUCCUUAUGUAAUGUCUUUAUUAUCUCCUUUUCCUUACGAUCUUGUUAUAAUGUUAUCAUGUACCUGGGUUUAUGGGUUGUUUCAUCUCUUAUAUACUUCUUUGUUGUGAUGUAGUAAGCAAAAACUCUAAUAUGUUUCAACUAGAUGAUCAGACACUUUGUUGUUGUUA